AAGUGCAGAAAUGCAUCUCCACUCUCCAGUUGAGCUUGAGAGUGAUUGAAAUACUGGGACAGCUAGCUCAUCACCGUAGUUAUAAAUGCCCUUUCAAUACUGCAUGAGAAGAGCAUUGGAGAAUUAUUAGUCCACGAAGCUCACUGCCCUCUUUACACUCCCAGGUUUUAAUUUCUGCUGGAAUCAAGAAAAGUUUCGAUUUCGAGCUUGUUGGUGAGUAAAUGGAAGGUGAUCCUCGAGAGGCGCUGGUGAAGCCUGUUGAAGAAGAGGAGGUUGAUCUGAAGACGAAGCUAUGGGUGGAGAACAAGAAGAUGUGGGUAGUCGCUGCACCGGCCAUUUUCACUCGAUUUUCCACCUUUGGAAUAAAUGUCAUCAGCCAAGCAUUUGUUGGCCACAUCGGUGCUACUGAGCUUGCUGCCUAUGCUCUUGUUUUCACUCUCCUUACUCGAUUUGCCAACGGAUUGCUGUUGGGAGCGGCCAAUGGAUUGGAAACGCUAUGCGGGCAAGCUUAUGGCGCGAGGCAGUAUCACAUGCUUGGAAUAUAUCUCCAAAGAUCAUGGAUUGUUUUGAUUUGCCUCACCACUGCACUAGUGCCUGUCUAUAUUUUUGCAACCCCUAUCCUGAUAGCCCUAGGUCAGGAUGAAGUUAUUGCGAAAGAGGCGGGGAAGAUCGCCCUCUGGUUCAUCCCGGUCAUAUACUCUUACAUCCUGUCAUUUACCUGCCAGAUGUACUUACAAGCGCAGAGCAAGAACAUGAUAAUAACGUAUUUGGCAGUGUUAUCCUUGACAAUCCACAUUUUCCUGUCGUGGCUUUUAACCGUGAAGUAUCAUUUUGGUAUACCUGGUGCAAUGGUGUCCACUAUCUUGGCCUACUGGAUUCCAAACUUUGGCCAGCUAAUUUUUGUCACUUGCGGAGGAUGCCGUGAAACUUGGAAUGGCUUUUCGACCUUAGCCUUCAAAGAUCUUUGGCCAGUUAUCAAAUUUUCCAUGUCAUCCGGUGCCAUGCUAUGUCUUGAGCUCUGGUACAAUGCCAUACUGAUCCUUUUGACUGGAAAUUUGAAGAAUGCUAGGGUCGCGGUUGAUGCUCUUUCGAUCUGCCUUAAUAUCGUUGGCUGGGAAAUGAUGAUAUCUCUUGGUUUCUUAUCUGCCGCAAGUGUACGGGUCUCAAAUGAGCUUGGAAGGGGGGACUCUAAAGCUGCAAAGUUUUCUAUUGUGAAUAUUGUCGUAACUUCAACGUCCGUGGGACUAGUGCUGUUCGUAUUUUUCCUAUUCUUUCGUGGACGUCUAGCUUACAUAUUCACAAACGAAGAAGAUGUGGCUGUGGAAGUUGCUCACUUGUCUCCUCUGCUGGCAUUCUCCAUUCUCAUGAAUAGCGUUCAACCAGUUCUUUCUGGUGUCGCAGUUGGGGCUGGGUGGCAGAGCGUUGUGGUAUACGUCAACCUAGGAUGUUAUUAUCUGAUAGGAAUUCCAAUCGGGGUCGUGCUGGGUUAUGUCAUCAAGCUAGAAGUCGAGGGAGUAUGGAUUGGAAUGCUGAUGGGCACGUUGGUUCAAACGAUAGUACUAAUGAUCAUAACCAAGAGAACAGAUUGGGAUAAACAGGUCUCAGCUGCGAGGACGAGACUCAAACGGUUUUUCGUGAACGAUCAACCAAAUGACGGGUCAUCGGCCUGAUUCCGGUCAUAUAUCUCAUUUUAACCUAGUCUCACAUAUUUAUGUUUAGUUGCUUAAGUUGUCACAUUAAGCCAUACAUUUUUGCCCCUUUAUUUCUUGAAGGGGGUUUUGAGUGAGAGACUAUGAAUGUUCAUCAUCUUCUUUUAUUGCAAUGAAGUACUUUGAUGUGGUUGAAGCUGCAA